AAACCAGGCCCUUUCUAGCGAACACGUUUUAUCCCAGGCAGGAUGGAACAGGACCAGAUACUUGAGCUUCCAGCUGACCCCAAUUCGAAGAACAACCCUUGAGCGAGAAAAAACACUAUCCUCUUACUUGCGCCGGAAUUGCGUAGCCCAUCAUGUCAAACGCCAAAGACCUUGCAGCUAUCUGUAGGUCUUUGACAACAGAAGAAAAAAUCAGGCUACUAGCCGGCGCCGCCUUAUUCGAGACGGCGGCAAUUCCAGAGAAAGGUAUCCCAGCCAUCAAGUUCACCGAUGGCCCCAAUGGAACCCGAGGUGCUGCCAUGGACGGUAACACAACUGCUGCUUGCUUUCCUGCGGCUUGCAGCAUCGCAGCUACCUUCGACACCGAGAUCGCACGACGCAUCGGAAACGCCCUGGGCGAGGAGGCAAUAAUUAAAGGCGCAAGCUGUCUGCUGGCCCCUACUGUCUGCAUCCACCGCCACCCUCUUGGUGGCCGUAAUUUCGAGAGCUACAGCGAGGAUCCUUUUCUCUCGGGGAAAAUGGCGGCUAAAGCAAUUGCAGGUGUUCAGUCUCAUGGUAUUGCUGCUACUAUUAAGCACUUUGUCGCCAACGAGCAAGAAACAGCUCGGAACACGGUAAAUGAGACUAUCAGUGAGCGAGCUUUGCGAGAGAUCUAUCUUCGCCCAUUCGAGAUUGCCAUCAAGGAGUCAGAUCCUUGGGCGGUUAUGACUGCCUAUAAUCACGUCAAUGGUGUACACUGCGAUGCGAGCCAGUGGCUCUUGCAGGAGGUUCUCCGCGGCGAGUGGGGAUGGCAAGGUCUUGUGAUGAGCGACUGGGGAGGUACCAACACAGUGGCCGAAAGCUUAAAAGCCGGCCUAGAUCUGGAGAUGCCUGGGCCGCCACAAGUACGAAAGACCGCUGCUGUCAUUGCGGCUCUAGAGAGUGGAGCUUUGGCGGUGGAAGAUAUUGACAAGCGUGUGCGGACCCUUCUUGGUUUCAUACAACAGGUCAACGCCUUCACUGGAACGCCAAAGCCGAGUCCCAAAGCGAUCGACCGUCCGGAGCAUAGAAGUCUCAUCCGAGAAGCUGGGGCUCGAGGCAUUGUUUUGCUCAAGAACGAAGCUUCUCUGCUUCCACUAACACCAGAAAAGGUCGAGGGAAAGACAAUUGCACUGAUCGGCUUUGCGAAAGAUGCUUUGGCGCACGGUGGCGGCAGUGCGGCUGUAAACGCUCACUACAAGAUCACGCCUUGGCAAGGUCUGCAGGCAGCACUGGGCGAUCGUGCCCAAUUUCUGUACGCCAAGGGCACCCCACGGGAGAGACUCCUUACACCACUUUGCAAAGAUGGCCUAAAUGGUGAUUUGGUCGGCCUCGAUGGACAACCAGGUUUCAGCCGUACAUUUUAUGAGAGAGAUGGUGUCACCGUUGUUUCGGUCCUCCAUGGAUACCCGACCUCAUCUUAUUCGGCACUCGGGUCGCAAGAGUCCCUCUGGAAGAUCCUAGAGAUUACUGGCGACUUCACACCGAGGGAGACUGGCAAUCACUUUGUUGCAUUCUCUGGCGUUGGGUCGACUGAAAUCACGAUUGAUGAUAAGUCCAUUGCAAGCCAGCUGGGGAACUGCUCAGAUCCUAUGGGAACGUUUUUUGGGGCCGCGAGCGAGACAGAGUUCCAAGUUCAUUUGACGGCUGGCAAGCCUUACCGACUCAAGAUCAGAAGCUGUCCACCCGUCAACGUUGGACUAGACGCUCUCGAGGGCCGCACUGCUGCCCGCAUGGGCUUCUCUUUGGAGUCGGAUCAUGAUGCUGAUCUCGUCGGCGAGGCCGCAGCCGUUGCUUCGAAGGCUGAUCUGGCUAUUGUUUUCACCGGUCAUGACCCACAGUGGGAGACGGAAGGGCUUGAUCAAGAAUCAUUUCAUCUUCCUCGCAACGGAAGCCAGGAUUCGCUUGUCUCAGCUGUCGCAGCUGCAAACGACAGAACAAUUGUGGUAAAUUCAACCGGCGUCGCUGUCGCAAUGCCUUGGCUGGACCAGGUCUCUUCUGUCCUUCAAGCAUGGUUUCCGGGGCAAGAGUGCGGUAAUUCCAUUGCAGAUGUCUUAACAGGAGUAGUCAAUCCUGAAGGGCGAUUGCCGGUCAGUUUCCCUACGAGAAUUGAGGACGCGCCAGCCCACGGCAACUUUCCCGGGACCGAGGUUUCCGGCAGACUGGAGGUCAUCUAUGCGGAAGACGUCUUUGUUGGGUAUCGUCACUAUGACCGGUUUGGGCAGGACAAGCUGAACUUUGCAUUUGGACAUGGUCUUUCAUAUACCACAUUUGAUUAUGGUACUAUGCAGAUCAACCGACUCGACGACGAGACGCUUAAUGUACGAUUGUCCGUUCAAAACACAGGUAGCUUUCAAGGAGCAACUGUCGUGCAGUUAUACGUUGGAAAGGGAGCCAAUGACAGAACGGAUCAAGUCGUCAAGAGUCUUGUCGGCUUCAAAAAAGUGCGGCUGAGGCCAGGCCAGUGCGAAGAAGUGCACAUGGAGGUCAGACAGAAGGACUUUGCGUAUUUCGACCAAGCUGCGCGCAGAUGGGUCAUUGAUGGAGGCCGGUAUAACUUUUUAUUGUGUCAGUCCGCCAGCCAUUGCCUGCAGACUGUCUCUGUUGAUAUCGAGGCCACUUACUGGGAGCUGUCUUAGAUUGAAUUCGAAUACCACCUAGAUCAACGGGUCGAUGUGCACGAACCAUGAUCAAGUCCUUCGGCCCCCUUCAUGACAAAUUCAAUGGCUAGACUGAACUUGAAGUUGAAAGCUGAACGGAAGAAAUGAGCCUAAUUGAGACUGAAAGCAAACAACCUGCCUCCAAAUCCAGGGCAUGAACGAUUGAUCUGAGCAGAGAACACGACCAGUCAAACACCUAAGAGGACAUGAAGACGUAGACGGGACAAAAGAGAAGCAAAAGUAAAACAUUUACAUACAACAGUGGGGAUUCCCCAGUGGUCACCCACCUGAGUACUAAUCCACCGGUACGUUGCUUAAAUAGGGCUGAGCGAACGGGAAGCCUUGUUUUCAACGUCCU